GUCAAGUGCGUGCGUCGUCUAUGCAGUAUUUCCAGUCGGCUGAGUGACACUCUGGAAGAGAAGAGAGAUCGAACACACACCAACACAAUCUAAAGCACGACGUUGUGUCCGCUUCUUACUGCAGGUCCCACUGGAAAACUCUGCCAAGAUGAUGCAGUGUCUUCAGUUCCUGGUGGAGCCAGCCAAGAACUUCACCCACAAGCUCAAGGAGAAUCGCAAGCGUGCUAAGAAUGAGAAGCGAGAGCCCCUGGACGAGAGUCAGCUGUUCAUAGCUCAGCUGGCCAAGGACCUCAGCCGAGUCAUGCAGAGGACUGAGGUGUUGGAGCAUGUGUCUAGUGGUGAAGACGUCUGGCCCUCUCUAAACUGCAGAGCUGCAACGCUGGAAUGGGCCGCCCUGCUGGAGAGCAAGAAGCGUCCUGACGUGGAGCAGGGAGAGAGUGUGCUCUGGGGCGACCUGGCUCUCAGCAGUGAGGUGGACAUGGAGAGCGCCAGACGGGUCAUCAACACCUGGAUCAAGGACGUCAGAGCCAUCCCUGAGCAGACGGUGUGGCCGGGUGAGGCGGUGGUCAGCAUGCUGGACGAUCUGGACUCUCAAUGGCGACGCGGCAAAGUGGCCACUCUGCAGACCGCCGUGGAGAUAGUCUUUUACACACUACUGCACUGCGCACAGGACAAGGAGACCAUUCCGCAGCAGUGGCUGAUGUGGAAACAGAGGAGCCAGAAAAUAGGUGCUAUCCCUUACAUUCCCCAUGCAGUGUGGGAGUGGAUCUGUGAUGCUGGAGUGGAGGUGACUCUGGAUCUGGACACAGCCAAUCCCGACCUGCUGAUCUCCCCUGACGAGAGGAAGAUGCGCUGCGGGUUCGAGAGGAAGGACGUGGCCAACACACACGAGCGCUUCGACGGAUGGUGGUGCGCUGUGGGGGUGGAGGGUUACAGCCGCGGCAGACACUACUGGGAAGUGGACGUGGGGGAGAUGGACUGGCGCCUGGGCGUGGCCAAAGAGUGCGCCCUGCGUAAAGGCUUCAAGUCCCUGAACACCGACUCGGGCUACCUGACGCUGCGGCUGGAGCGCGGCACAGAGUUCAAGGCGCUGACGGUGCCCUUCACGGCGCUGCCCAGCCGCCUCAUCCCGCGUCGCGUGGGCGUGCUACUGGACCACGGCGCCGGGCAGCUGAGCUUCUACGACGUCCACACGCACGGCCACCUCUACACCUACCACCUGCAGGCCUUCGGGCCGCCGGGUGAGGCGCUGUACCCGCUCUUCGGCACCACCGAGAUCCUCAAGGACCUGGUCAUACGCGCGCCCGCCGGCCAGCCCACCUGCCUCUGCCCCGCCCUCUGCACCUGGGGUUGAGCUGAGGGCAGAAGGAGGGACAGAGAGAGAGAGAGAGAGAGAGAGAGAGAGAUAGAGGGUGUCAGGGUGUGUGUGUGUGUGUGUGUGCACCUUGGGCUGAAGUGAGAGGGAGAGAUAGAGUCAGGGUGUGUGUGUGUGUGUGUGUGUGUGGCAGAGAGUGAGAGAGAGAGAAAGAGGGAAGAGGGAGAUCGAGAUUGAAUAAGUGUGAGAGUGGGAAAGAUACAGAGAGAAAGUGAUCAGGCAGGCAGUCUGUUAAAGGUCUGAUGUGUAAUUUCAGUAGUUUAUUAUCAAAUUUUAUGCAGCUCAUUCAGAAAUUUGAUCUAUUUCAUGAACAUUUACCAAGACAUAAUGAAUAUUUAGAACUGGAUGGGCAAUUAUUAACAUUAUUAAUUAAUUACCAUAGCAACGGGCUGGUCCCAGUUAGUCAGGUGUGUGUGUGUGUGUGUGUGUGUGUGUGUGUGUGAGAGAGAGAGAGAGAGAGAGAGAGAGAGAGAGAGAGAGAGAGAGAGAGAGAGAGAGAGAAAGAGAGAGAGAGAGAGAGAGAGAGAGAGAGAGAGAGAGAGAGAGAACCUGAGGAAGAGGUAAAGCAGCAAGUGUGUGUGGGCCACAGGUAAAGGGAAUGACUAGCCAUGAAAGGGUCCAGAAGACACUAGCAGGAUUUGCACUGACAUUCACCGUUUUGACAUUCAGUCCAGAAACACUAAAUGGCGACGUAACAAUGUAACGAUGUAUUUGUCUUAAAAUGUGUUAGUCUUAGAGGGAUAAAGCGUGGUGUGUUAACAUGAAGACAAGGGGACCUUGACUAAAUGAUGUUCUGCACACACACACACAGACACACAUACAGACACAUUUGCACACAUAUGCAUUCACACACAUACUCACAUCCAUUCACACACAUGCAACCACACACACACAAAAAACCUUGCAAACACCACACACACACACACACGCGUGCACGCACACGCACACGCACACGCACACGCACAUUCACACACACAUGCAACCACACAUGCAACCACACACAUAUACGCAUAUACUGUAUGUACAUUCACAUACACAACCAUACACCCAAACACAAGCCCACAUAUGAUACGUUCACACAAAUGCAGCCACACACACUCACACACACAUACUGUAUUCAUCUCUGCCACACACUCACACGCACAUGCUGUAGACAUCUCUGCUGUAACAAUCCCCUAUAGAAGAAUCAUUGUCACCCACUAUAGUAACCCACUUUUUUCUGAUGCUUCUGUGCUCUGUGCACCUUAGAACAAAUCAAUGUGUGUGUGUGUGUGUGUGUGUGUGUGUGUGUGUGUGUGUGUGUGUGUGUGUGUGUGUGUGUGUGUGCGUGCGUGCGUGCGUGCGUGCGUGCGUGCGUGCGUGCGUGCGUGUGUGCGUGUGUGUGAGAGAGAGAGUAUGUGAGUAUUGUUUGUGUGUCCACGUGCAGAUGUGUGGUUGUGAGAGAUAGAGCCAUGGCCUGUACAUUUCCUUGUUUUCUGAGGCAGAUGUGUUCUUUUGUGUCUAUUGUGUACGCUGUAGUGGCUUAUACACUCCCCACACCCCCACCCAGUUUCUGCUGCAUUAAUGCACUUUAUGUGAAUAUCAAAUAAACCUGAUUUAAA